CCUGUCCCAAACCCACAAAACCCUCGCGCUGCGCUACCCGAGGGAGGGGCCAAACCUAAACCGCCGCGAGUCGCCGGCACCACUCCUACCCACCGCCGUCCCACCGCGCCGCCCGCCACCUCGCCUCGCCCUUAUAUGUCGCUCGCCUCCUCCCUCCUCACCCCACACGGACCCCGCCGCCUCCUCCCGCUCCUUCUCCCUCUUCGCCUAUUCUCCUCCGCCGCCGCGCCCGCGCUCGCAAUGCCUCCCCGCCGCGAUCGCAUUAAACAGCCGCCGCGGGAAUCGAAACCGAAGGCCUCCGCCGAUGCCUCGUCCUCCUCCACCUCCUCCGCCGCCGAGAUCGCCGAGCCCUUCGAGAAGAUGAGCAUCGCCUCGCAGUCGCCGGCGCAGGCGGGGGCGGCGCAGCUGUGGGUGCCGAGGGGCUACGCGACCACCGCGACGGACGCCGGCGUCGCCUCCUCCUCCUCGACAGCAGCGCCGGCGGCUGAGCAGGGUGUUGCCAGCGAGAAGCUGGCGAGGAUCUUCAAGGGGGCCGCCGAUUUCGCGGUGGACAACAGCACGUUCACCGAGGCGCAGAUCAGGGCCACGUUCUACCCCAAAUUCGAGAACGAGAAGUCCGAUCAGGAGACGAGAACUCGAAUGAUUGAGAUGGUAUCGCAUGGCUUAGCAAACUUGGAGGUUACUCUCAAGCAUUCAGGAUCACUCUUCAUGUAUGCUGGUCACCUUGGUGGUGCAUAUGCGAAGAACAGCUUUGGAAAUGUAUACACUGCUGUGGGCGUUUUUGUUCUGGGGCGUUUGUUUCGUGAAGCUUGGGGAAAGGAGGCUCCUAAAAUGCAAGCAGAAUUCAAUGAUUUUCUUGAGAAAAACCGGAUAUGCAUUUCAAUGGAACUUGUGACAGCUGUGUUAGGAGACCAUGGACAAAGGCCUAAGGAUGAUUAUGCCGUGAUUACAGCUGUGACGGAGUUGGGUCAUGGCAAGCCAAAAUUCUAUUCUACUGCAGAGGUGAUUGCAUUUUGUCGGAAAUGGCGCCUACCUACGAACCAUGUCUGGCUAUUUUCCACAAGGAAAUCUGCCACUUCAUUUUUUGCUGCUUACGAUGCAUUAUGUGAAGAAGGAACUGCAACGCCUGUUUGCAAAGCCCUUGAUGAAAUAGCUGAUAUAGCUGUACCAGGUUCAAAAGAUCAUGUAAAGGUGCAGGGUGAGAUUCUUGAAGGUCUGGUUGCCCGUGUCGUGAGUCGUGAAAGUUCAGCGCAAAUGGAAGAAGUUUUGAGAAACUGUCCACAGUCUCCAUUAGAUGGAGUUGACUCAGAUUUAGGACCAAGUUUACGAGAAAUAUGUGCCGCUAAUAGGUCAGAUGAAAAGCAGCAAAUUAAAGCACUUCUUGAAAAUGUUGGAGCUUCGAUGUGUCCAGACCGUUCGGAUUGGCUUGGAAAUAGUGGUCUUGAUGCCCAGUCUCGAAAUGCAGAUAGAUCAGUUGUUACUAAAUUUUUGCAAGCACAUCCUACAGACUAUGCAACUAAGAAACUGCAGGAGAUGAUUCGCUUGAUGAAGCAGAGGAAUUUUCCAGCAGCUUUCAAAUGUUACUGGAAUUACCACAAAAUUGAUUCUCUUUCAAAUGACAACUUGUAUUACAAGAUGGUUAUCCAUGUGCACAGUGAUUCUGUUUUUAGACGUUAUCAGCAAGAGAUGAGGAGAAACCAAGGGUUGUGGCCUCUAUAUAGAGGUUUCUUUGUUGAUGUAAACCUGUUCAAGGCGAACAACAAGAAGGCAUCUGAUCUGUCCGAAGAUGGAGACGUUUUACUGAGAAAUAUCUAUGGUGCCUUGGAUUCAAAUUCAUCAGCAGUGGAUGGUCUGGCUGAUGAGGAUUCAAAUCUAAUGAUGAAACUUAAAUUCCUGACAUAUAAGUUACGGACAUUUUUGAUUCGUAAUGGACUAUCUACCCUUUUCAAAGAUGGGCCAUCUGCUUAUAAAACUUAUUACUUAAGGCAAUUGAAGAAUUGGGGAACAUCAGCAGGCAAACAGAAAGAGCUUAGCAAAAUGUUGGAUGAAUGGGCUGUCUACAUUAGAAGGAAGUACGGGAAUAAGCCACUCUCUUCCUCGACGUAUCUUAGUGAAGCAGAGCCUUUCCUUGAACAAUACGCUAAACGCAGCCCUGCAAACCAGGCUUUGAUUGGGGCUGCUGGUAACUUGGUUCAAACAGAAAAUUUCUUGGCCAUACUUGAUGCAGGGAGAGAUGAAGAGGGUGAUCUUCAGUCAGAACGUGGGGUGGCACCUUCUAGUCCUACCUCAACACCUGCUGAUGUGGUUCCUAAAACUGAGGGCCUUAUUGUGUUCUUUCCAGGUAUACCUGGUUGUGCAAAGUCGGCUCUAUGUAAGGAAAUAUUAAAUGCACCUGGUGGCCUUGGUGAUAAUCGCCCUCUUCAUAGCUUGAUGGGAGAUCUUAUUAAAGGAAGAUACUGGCAAAAGGUUGCUGAUGAGCGAAAAAAGAAACCAGCUAGAAUAACCCUUGCUGACAAAAAUGCACCAAAUGAAGAAGUGUGGAGGCAGAUUGAGGAUAUGUGUCACACCACAAAGGCGGCUGCUGUUCCUGUGAUUCCUGACUCUGAAGGCACCGAUUCAAAUCCAUUUUCUCUUGAAGCACUCGCUGUUUUCAUGUUUCGUGUCCUCCAACGGGUCAAUCAUCCGGGAAAUCUGGACAAGGCAUCACCUAAUGCUGGUUAUGUUUUGCUAAUGUUUUACCACUUGCAUGAUGGCAAGAGUCGAAGAGAAUUUGAAAAUGAACUGUAUGAGCGUUUUGGCUCCCUGAUUAAGAUGCCUCUCCUGAAGCCGGAUAGAGCUCCAUUGCCUGGUGAUGUGAAAGCUAUCUUAGAUGAGGGGAUUAGCUUGUUCAGACUGCAUCAGAACAGACACGGAAGAGUGGAGCCAUCAAAGGGUUCAUACGCCAAAGAAUGGGCACAGUGGGAGAAAAGGUUGCGCGUGAUCUUGUUUGGGAAUGCUGAUUAUCUUAAGUCCAUUCAGGUUCCGUUUGACGUAGCCGUGAAAGAAGUACUGGAACAGUUAAAAGCUGUUGCCAAAGGCGAUCUCAAAUCACCUGACACUGCGAAGCGGAAGUUCGGCAAUAUCAUUUUUGCUGCUGUUAGAUUAACCCCAUCAUAUAUAUUGGGCGUUCUCCGUAAGGUGGCAGAGAAGGACGCUGAUGCCAACAGUUUUCUCAACGACAUAAAACUGGAGGAUAACCUAAACAAGGCUCAUGUCACCCUCGCCCACAAAAGAGGCCAUGGCGUGGCUGCAGUUGCAAGCUACGGCAUCUACCAGAACCAGGAAGUCCCUGUGUCGUUCAACGCCUUGUUCUAUACCGACAAGAUGGUCGCUCUGGAGGCGCAGCUCGGAACUGUAAAUGGUGAGCAGAUCAAUUCCAGAAACGAGUGGCCACAUUCCACUCUAUGGACAGCCCCAGGCAUUGCGGCGAAGGAAGCCAACAUACUGCCGCAGCUGGCUUCGGAAGGAAAAGCGAAACGGGUGCCAAUUGACCCUCCUAUCACUGUAUCCGGGGUGCUGGACUUCUACUGAUUUCUUGAGGUGCAGAGGUGAGCAUAAAUAGAAUUAGGAAUCGAUGGGUGCUGGUGACCUCACGUGGACACAACUGACAGCGGCAAUAGGUUGUAAAUUUGUCAGUGAACACAUAAAUUAGGCUGUCAUCAGCAGAUUUUGAUGUAGUAUUAUUAACUCCCGGUUUCGGUCGGCAUUAAGUUUUGGACUUAACCAUUUUCAGAUGCCGUGCCUGAGCGCAAUGAAAGUGUAAGUCUUAUAUAGUA